AUGAAAACACAUACGCAAAGGAAGUGCCACCGCGUGCCGCUUCCCGCCUCCUCUUUUGUGUAUUUUGUCGGCGCAGAAAAUCUCAACUUCAUUCCGCAACACCCCAAAAGAAUUUUUAAAAAAAGAAAGACCCACGCGUUCGGGAGAUGCGUUAAUCGCGUCCCGGUCGCAUGGCACGCUGUUGUCGGGGGGGUUUUUUUGCUGUGUUUUGUUUUUGUUUUUCCACCGAAGGCAACGUACACGAAUGGCGCCGUACUAUGCGAGACCCCCGAAGAGGGUAAUGCGCAUGGCUUACGGAUUUGUUUUUGCCCUUUGCUUUACACUACUCUCUUCUUGCAGAACUUGACGCUUUGUGAUAUAUAUAGUAUUUUCGUCGUCAUCUUUCUCUCCCUUUUUUUUCCCCCAGUUUCGGCUCUGACCUCACUGCGUGUUGUUCGCUUCAGCGAGUCAAGGUGUGCGGGUGUCCGAUUGGGAUCAAGAACGUACACCCGGCACAUACAAUGA